AAAAAGUGCAACGUCAGAGGAAAACCAAUGGCGGCUAACGGGCAACAGUCGUCUCGAACUCAGACAAGGCGAAGAAAUCGAAACAAAAAUGUAUUACACAAGAUAAAAAACGGUCAUAUAACAGGCUUGGGGAUGACGCGGGGCACGCAGAUCCCAGUGGCCCUUCUUGAAGAGAGGGAUAAGAGAGCCCGAUGGCAGGGCAUACCGUUGUUACUGAAGAGACUGCAUGAGAGUAGCCACACACAUAGUGACCUGACCAAGACCCACAACAUGGUUAAGGAAUUGUCGUCAUUGCUGUCUAUGGAGGCUAUGUCAUUUGUGACAGAGGACAGGAAGACACCUCAAGAGUCUGUUUCUCCCAACACCUACACCUUUGAUCUUUUUGGAGGAGUUGAUUUGUUUGUAGAAAUUUUGAUGCGGCCCACUCUUUCAGCACAGAGGGAUGUACCUAUAAUGAGUGAUGAUCUCAUCAAGGACUGUUUAAGCGUUCUUUACAACUGUUGUAUAUGUACAGAGGGUGUUACGAAAAGUCUGGCGGCAAGGGAUGACUUUGUCAUGUUUCUUUUCACUCUUAUGUCAAACAAAAAGACAUUUUUACAAACUGCCACACUUAUUGAAGACAUAAUGGGGGUUAAGAAGGAGGUGAUCCGAUUGGAAGACAUUCCCAACCUGGCCAGUCUAGUCCAGAGCUUUAACCAGCAGCAGCUGGCCAAUUUCUGUCGCAUCCUGUCUGUCACCAUAUCAGAGCCAGACGUGGGUGUGGAUGAUAAGCACACCCUCCUGGCCCGCAACUCUCAGCAGAAGGUCACUGUCUCUCCAUCACGUGCCGAGAGCAAUCAAGUGGCUUUGCUGAACAUCCCAGGCUUCAUCGAGCGCCUCUGCAAGCUGGCUACGCGGAAGGUGUCGGAGGCGUCGGGCACCGCUGCCCUGCUGCAGGAGCUGGAGGACUGGCACAGCUGGCUGGACAACGCCCUGGUGCUGGACGCCCUCAUGCAGAUGGCCAUUGAGGAGGCUGAGCAGAGCAGCACAGAGUCGUCUGAUGAAGGCUCACUUUCCUCAAGUCCUCUACGGCACACGUUGCCUCAGUCCAUGAAGAUAGUGCAUGAGAUCAUGUACAAAGUGGAAGUCCUCUACGUGCUGUGUGUGUUGCUUAUGGGACGCCAGAGAAAUCAGGUUCACAGGAUGCUAGCAGAGUUCCGUUUAAUUCCUGGCCUAAACAAUUUGUUUGAGAAGCUCAUCUGGAGGAGACAGCCAUCCAGCCAUGCCCUACACAGACAGAAUCAAAACUGUGACUGCAGCCCAGAGAUCUCAUUCAAGAUCCAGUUCCUCAGGCUACUUCAGAGCUUCAGCGACCACCAUGAGAACAAAUACCUGCUCCUGAACAGCCAGGAGCUGAAUGAGCUCAGUGCCAUCUCCCUGAAAGCGAACAUCCCUGAAGUUGAGGCCCUGGUCAACACAGACAGGAACCUUGUGUGCGAUGGGAAGAAGGGCCUCCUGACCCGCUUGAUCUCGGUCAUGAAGAAAGAGCCAGUCGACUCGUCGUUCAGGUUCUGGCAAGCUAGAGCAGUAGAGAGUUUUCUGAGAGGAGCCACAUCCUAUGCAGACCAGAUAUUCCUGCUGAAAAGGGGCUUGUUGGAACACAUCCUCUUCUGCAUCAUCGACAGUGGCUGUAAAUCGCGCGAUGUUCUUCAGAGCUAUUUCGAUCUUCUGGGCGAGCUCAUGAAGUUCAACAUUGAUGCUUUCAAGAGAUUCAACAAAUAUGUGAACACAGAAGAGAAGUUCCAGACAUUCCUGGGUCAGAUCAACAGUUCACUGGUAGACUCCAACAUGCUGGUGCGCUGUAUCGUGCUGUCCCUGGACCGCUUUGAGGGCCAGACGGAGGAUGUGAAAGUGGUAGAGGUGCUGUCAGAGUGUCGCCUCCUGUCCUACAUGGCUCACGUGGAGAACAGGCUGUCUUUUCUCUUCAGGCUCAUCAGCAUCAUUAACGUGCAGACACUAACUCAGGAGAACGUGAGCUGUCUGAACACCAGCCUGGUGGUGCUGAUGCUGGCACGCUGGCGAGCUAAGCUUCCCUUCUACCUGAAUGCCCUGCGACAGAAGGAAUUUGUGGAGAAAUACCCAGGUUACUUACUCAACAACUUCCACCAGCUGCUCCGCUUCUGGCAGCACCACUACCUCAACAAGGACAAAGACAGCACAUGUCUGGAGAACAGUUCUUGUAUUCCUUUCACAUACUGGAAGGAGACGGUGACGGUGUUGCUGAGUUCGGACAGGAGCUCCCUCUGUGCCAUAGCCUCAUAUAUCGAUGAUGCUUACAGGGACCUGGACAGGGAUUUUCUGGAAGUGUGAUUGUGGAGACUGGGUGUGGUUGUGGAGGCACAGUGACAUCCUAAUGAGCUACCGGGAGGGCUCAACACGUCCACAGAGCACCACCCACACCUCCACUGACAGGACUGCUCUAUAGGGAUUGUGUGUGUGUGUGUGUGUGUGUGCGCGCGCGCGCGCACAAGACAGUAAGUUAGUUUGUGGGCACUUGUUUGGAUGCUCUAGUUCUAAAGAAUCAGCUCUUCUAAAUCUUCAGGGGGUGUGAGGGUGCGUGUUUGUUUGUAAAUGCGUUAGCACACCUCUGUGUGCAAGAGUCACAGUAGAUGUUGGUUGUUUCUCCAGGUCUAGAGGCACACUUUCAGCUGUAGUUGAAGGGCUCGCUCUCCUUUUUAGACAUUUUGGAGUGACUGGAUUAAAGAAAAGGAAAAAAACAUCAGCUCUGGAGAUGACGAGAGCCCACUCCUCCAGCAGAGAAACAGAGGACAUUCAGGGCCAUUGCAGUUCUUUAAUGUUGGUGGUUUGCUUAGUUUAAAUACUGCCUCUGUAUUUAAGAAUGUGUAGCUCACUCUUGAACAUAAAUUCUAACUUUUAAGCCCAAUCACAAAGGACAGUCAAUGAAAAUAAAGACAUUUUAUCACAA